AUGGGUAUGCUCGUUCGGAAGUAUAAAAUUGACCCCAAAUUCCAUCCCUGUCCGCCGGAGGCCACCGAUGCCAUCACCGACGCCUCUAAAGGCUUUGUGGGGGUUUACCGGGUGUUCUUCAAAUCCGGGUUGCGACUUCCUGCUUUCGAUUUUUUAGAGACUGUUCUGGAUUAUUAUGGUCUGCGCAUCACCCAAAUAACCCCUAGCGACUUUCGCAAGAUCCCUUGCUUCACUCUAUUAUGCGUCGCUCGGGAUGUGUCACCGACCAUCAACUUGUUUCGCCAUUUCUAUAUUCCGAUGUCCAACGGGGAUUGGGUUUCUUUCGCCCUUCGCCAUGGUUUUGUGGAACUUUUUGACGGUCUUCCAACCUCCAUAAAGUAUUGGAAGGAGGAGUUCUUUUUCAUUCAUGCCUCUGCUUUCUCAAGCCCCAUGGCGUAUGGCGAUAUUGCUGACAGGGCCACUGACCCCAUCCCGGAGCUAUCUUCCGACGAUCAAUUGAUAACAGAGAGGUUAUCAGACAAUUUUGUUCGAUGGGUGGGCCCCAACGAAGAGAUGAUGGGUAUGGCUAGCAUGAGUCCCCAUUGGAACCAUUUGGGUAAGAAGUCGGUGGAGGUGUUCGAGGGAAAAGAUGUAACCCUUCUUGACCGACUUCACCGGAGACAGAUUGCGAAUUCCACCCUAGUGAUGGAGGAGGUGCUAGCGUCGGAUUCCCCGACUAGGUCAGAGUCUAGCAUGGAAUCUGCCCUAGAUGUUUCUCGAGCAGAGGGUUCUAGACCUAUUCCUCCUAACCUUCGCUCGAAGGUCGUGAAAUUGGAUUCCGAUUUUUGCAAACCUCACACGGUGUUUGUCACACCCCGGAACCAGACGGCGGAAACGUCCGAGGGCUCGUGUGACUUAAAUUGA